AAACAUAUUGCAUCAAAUUUAGAAGGCUAAUUACAAGUUUGGUUACUUAGAUCUUUGUUAUUUACAGAACCUGUCAUUAAUUAAUUAACCCCACUCGUAUCCCGGAGAACUACUAACUUUUCCGGCAAGAAAGAAAAAAAAGAAACGACAACAAUAUCGAAGAUAACAAAAGAGCACUAGAAGGAAAUUUUGCAAGUUUACAGUUGAACACAGCACCAGAUAUGAGCAUAUUACAGGAUAGUUCACAACUACUAACUCAGAAAUACGAUAUCUGUGUGUUGGGACAGGAUCACAGUGGUAAAUCUGCCUUGAUUUUGCAUUACCUAUACCAUACAUAUAUUGAAGAUGCAGACACCUCUAUGGAACAAAUAUACACUAAAAGUAUAAGACAUAAAAACAGACAUUAUGACAUAACCAUCCUUGAUUCACAUUAUGCUGGAGAUAUGUACUCCAAUAGUCAAAAGAUGCAGAUUAUGAAUACCAGCACUGUGGUGUUAGUCUAUUCUACUGAAAAUCUCGAUUCAUUUUUAUCUGUUCAGGACUGUGUAAGCCUUCUUGCAACAUUAACUACAGACUUACCUGCUAUAGCUGUUAUUGGAACAACUGUAGAUAACGAGUUUGGUCGUCAGGUUAGUUAUGAAGAUGGUCAAAAUUUUGCUAAUUCCGUACAAGCUAUUUCGUUCCACGAAUGUUCUAUCGUUCUGGGUCAAGGUAUACAGGAAGCUUUUGAAACUGUGGUUGAUAAGGUUGUCCGUAAAAAGGCAUCAGAUUCAGCAUUAGUGACACCUGCUUCUGAAUUUGAUGAACUCAACAGUUCUAACCCAUUGGUCUUGACAAUGUCAGCUCCUAGUUUCUGCGACGACAAUUCAAUAUUCCAAUACAGAGAAAAAGAACAACGGCCAUCCAAAUCUCAAACAGCUUCCGCAUCAGAAUCAGUGAUUUCUCAAGUCGUAGAUGCCGAUACCCAAGAAACUACUUCACUUUCAAGUUCAAACAAUUCAAAAUCAUCAACCAACUUAAAUGGUAAAAAUGAACGUUUGAAAGAAAUGUUGAAAGCCCAACCAAGUAAUAUCAAUACUUGUACCAUCAUGUAG